GGUGGAUGUUUAUAUAAAAAAUAACUUAUUAUUAACCAAAGACGUUAACUAGCAGCAGUGUAUAUUUAAGUAUCACUUGAGAGUGUUGCAUAAAAUUAAAUCUUUCGGGAAAGCUGGUCGUGAGAUAAACUCAUUUCAAGAAAAAAAAAUGUCUCAAGUGAUAUACGAUUUGGUCAUAGUUGGGUCCGGUAUGUUUGGAUCGGCUGCUGCAUAUCAUGCAUCCCAGAUCAGUGGAAAAUCUGUUUGUCUCGUUGGUCCUCCAGAGCCCAAGAACAGGGAAGACGAAGAUAGAGAUGUCUUUGGCAGCUGGUAUGACGAAGGUAGAAUCUGCUGCCAGAUAGGUAACUCUCCCACCUGGGCUGCUUUGGCUGUACGAUCCAUGAAGAGGUACAGACAUCUUGAAAACGAAUCUGGAAUCAGUUUCUACAAUGAGGUGGGAUUUCUCUCGGUGUUGAAAACUGCCGAAGAACGCAAGGACGCUAUGAAUAGCGUUCAAGAUGACGGAGUGAAAGUUCACGAUGUAACUAAAAACUGGAAGUCUCAUUUCCCGUUUCUAAACCUACCGGAUGACGUCUAUGUUUUGUGGGAAAAGGAUGUAUCUGGCCACAUAAGCCCACGGAAGUUAUUAGAAGCCCAUCAGAAAGUAGCAUCUAGGAAUGGUGUCCGGAUACUUCCCGAAAUCGUGUCCGCCAUCAGCCCAGUCAAGUCCUCUCAAACAACGACUCACAGAUGGGAAAUACUCACAGAGGAAGGUAGCGAGUUGCACACGAAGUCUGUACUGGUUUGCGCUGGGGCUUAUGCCGGGUUCAAAGGACUCUUCCAGCAGGUCGUCCCGAAAAAGGUACCAGACCUGGAACUCCGGACGCAGACUGUUGCGUAUCUACGUAUUCCAGAGAAAGAAGCCGAACAAUUAAGGUGA